AUGUCAUUACUAAUCACUUUGGAAGGAAUAGAUGGUAGUGGUAAAACUACUCUCAUUAACAAUCUCAAAAAAAGUGCCUUUGAUGAACUAGUGAAAAAAAAAAUUGAACCCAAUUUACAAGCAAAUAAAGUGAUGAUUAUUGAUCGAUAUAUUGAUAGUACUUUUGUUUAUCAAGGAUUAGCGGGAGGAUUAGGAAUUAAUGUCAUCCAAAAAAUUGCGAAAAAAACAAUCAAUUUACCCUUCCCUGACCUUACUUUUAUUUUGGAUAUUGACCCCCAGCAAGCCCAAGCCAGAUUAAAAAAAAGACAAAAGGAAACUGGCGAAUAUAGCAAUUGGGAUAAAUUGGACUUAAAAUUUCAUGGGCAAAUACGGAAUUAUUAUUUAGAACUAAAAAAAUUUUUUCCAGAAAGAAUUUAUCUGGUGGAUGCUGAAAAAAGUGCGGAGGAAAUAUUAACCGAAGUCCAGGAUAUAAUUAAGCAAAAUCAUUCUCCUAAAAAUGAAGCUGAUUUACCAAAAUCCGUGCGAGUAAUUAUUCAAAAUGAAAAAGAAGAAUUUUUGCUGGUGAAGGAUAAUGCUUAUAGUGGCGACAAAAUCCUAACAAACGUAACCAAAUUCAUUAAUGAUAAAGAAAAAAAUGUUAAUGUUGGUCAAAUUAAAGGUAAUUUUGGAGAAAUAAUUAUUCGAUUAUUGAUUUUUUAUGGAGUUGUUGUUCUGCUCCAUAUUGCCAUGGAAAUUUGGCUGGUUGAAGUUUACAGUUCCCAUUUACGAAAAAAGUUAGCUCAGAAGUAUCUCAGUGCUAAUUUCUCGCAAACUCAAAAGGCACGUUUUAUCCUUACUAAUUAUGAAAAUGAAGCCAUUAAUGCUGGAACCAAAGCCGCUCAGAUUUUUAAUCCAGCCUUGUUAAUUCUAACCAUGGUUGGAUUAAUUCUUUACCAGUGGGCUUAUCGUCCACGUUUUCGCCGAGUUAAGGAUAUUCAACGAGAAAAUAGUCAUUUUGAGGAACUAAAAACGAACAUUGAAUAUAUUAAAACUACCGGAACAGAAAAAAAAGAAAUUGAGAAAAAUAAUAAUUUAGUAACCAAAAAUCUGAAAAAAAUCUUUCCUUUGGUUGCCAGCAAAUCUGUUUUUGCUACCAUUCCCAACUAUUUACUGGUUAAAGCACUCCCGCUUCCUUUUCUUUUAAUUGCUGACACACGGGGAACACUUACUAAAGGCGGCUAUGAUGGUUAUUGUUCCAGUUUAAAACAGUUAAAUAAUGGUUUUGCUAUUCUGGAAAAGGAAACUUAUUCUGCUCCUAAAACUUAUCUUUUGCCUCCCAAAAAACCAAAUAUUUCUUUCCAAACUGUCGAAUUUGCUUAUCCCGAAGCUAAAAAAAAGAUACUAGAUAAUUUUUCUUUCACUUUUCAACAAGGCAAAAAAUAUGCGAUUAUUGGACCAAACGGAAUAGGAAAAAGCACCUUAUUUAAGUUAAUUAUUAAACUCUAUCAACCGCAGCAAGGAGUUAUUAAACUAGGCAACGCCAAGUUGGAAAAAAUUGACAACUCGGCCUUGCGAGAAAAAAUUAUUUAUUUACCUAAUAAUCCUUUCUUUUUUAAUACUAGCUUAGGUGAUAAUAUAGUUUAUCCAGAUACUUAUCAGGAAAAUAUUCAUCAAGAAAAAUUAGAAAAUAUUGCCAAAAAACUGGGAAUUGAAGAGUUUAUUGAUAAAUUGCCAAAUCGUUGA